UAAACCUUUAUUAAACACCCAAUAGCUUAACACAAAAAGUCAAUUUUUUUGUUAAUUAAUUGAGACAAAGGAUCGAAAUUAUAAAUUAUUUUUUAGGAUCACUUUAAGCGAUGAUGCCUUUCAUUGUACUUAACGGCGGUAAUGAGCCCUUGUUUUCACACUCUGGCCGAAGGCAACGAAGCGAAAAUACGAGACAUCGUUUAAAGGUAUCGCUCGAAGACCUCUAUAACGGGAAAGACUGCGAAUUGAAAAUUGACCGCAAAAUCGCGUGCAAUGAAUGCAAUGGCAUUGGAGGAGACCCUGAAUGCCAACAGAGGUGUCGGGACUGUAGAGGUCUGGGUUUUAUAGGACAUCCAUUCCUGCAAACGACAUGCGAGCGAUGCAGUGGUAAGGGAUUGUUCUUCAAUCAGGAGGACUGGUGUCCGUUAUGUGCCGGCAAUGGUGUGACCGAAGAGACAAAGAUCGCAAAAGUGGUCAUAAGGAAAGGUAUGGCAGAUAAGCAAAAGAUCACUUUGAAAGGGGAAGGCAAUCGUGAGAUGGAUAAAGAGGCCGGCAAUGUCGUCGUUAUUCUCGACCAGAGAUCUAACGAUAGGUUUAAACGAAUUGGAAAUGAUUUGUUUUACUCGCAGGACAUCUCUAUGACUGAGGCGUUGUGUGGUUUUGCGGGCGAUUUACAGCAUUUGGACGGAAGGCAUAUCCGGUUCGCCAGUAAACCCGGCGAUGUAUUGACUCCCAAAGCGGUGAAAGGCGUUCGCGGCGAAGGAAUGCCUAUCUAUUCGAGUCCACACGAAAGGGGAAAUCUUUACAUCGAAUUUAACGUUAAGUUUCCCGAAAAUAACUUCCUCCCCGAAGAAGGCCUCAAACAAUUGGAAACUCUUCUUUGCCAGAAGAGAGAGCAAAUGGAUAUCAAUUUAAUGGAUGAAAAUGUAGAAGUGGUAGACCUUCAGGACUAUUCCGAUGAUGAUAAUAAUAAUGAAAGUCACGGCGCAGGUUGUGGUCAAAUCCCCAAUUCUUGCCACACCCAUUAA